UCGGGUCGUGUCGGGUCAUGGCGCUGCUGCUGGAGCACGAGUUCAAGCCGCUGCCCGCCGACAAGCAGAUCGAGACGCUGCCCUUCCUGGAGGCCGUGGCGCACCUGCCGCCGUUCUUCGAUUGCCUAGGGACUCCCAUUGUCUACUCACCAGUCAAAGCUGACCUGAGUGGAAAUAUCAAGAAAAUCCGGGCAGUUUAUGACUCCAACCCUACCAAGUUCAAAACCCUGCAGAACAUCUUGGAGGUGGAGAAGGAGAUUCAUGGUUCAGCAUGGCCCAAGAUUGGCGCGACGCUGGCAUUGAUGUGGUUGAAAAGGGGCUUGAAGUUCAUGCUGGUGUUGCUGCAGAGCAUCUCCGACGGCGAGCGGGAUGAGGAGCAUCCCAACCUCAUCCGGGUGAACGCCCUGAAGGCUUAUGAGAUUGCACUGAAGAAGUACCAUGGCUGGAUGCUGCAGAAGCUCUUCACGGGCUCGGUCUAUGCUCUCCCAUACAAAUCUGAUUUGCUGAAGGCCUUGGAGAAGGGCAAAGAGGUCAAGGAGGAGGAGAGCAUUGAGAAGAUCCACCUGUUCCUCUCGAGGGUCACCCCCAUCCUGGACGCCAUUUAUGAGAUGUACACGAAGAUGAACGCAGAGCUGAGCUACAAAGCCUAGGCCCACCGUAAUCCCCACUUUUGUUAAUACUACAGCAAUAAACUGAUGGU